CCACGACCCAGGACCUUCGGCCACCUCUGCCCUGUUCCGAAUAUUUAGCGAGCUCUCCCUCCCGCUCCCCGGGCCGCGAACUCGUGAGAACAUGUCGAACAUGGAGAAACACUUAUUUAACUUGAAGUUUGCUGCAAAAGAACUUAAUAGGAAUGCCAAGAAAUGUGAUAAAGAAGAAAAAGCUGAAAAGGCCAAGAUAAAAAAGGCCAUUCAGAAAGGCAAUACAGAAGUUGCAAGAAUACAUGCUGAAAAUGCAAUCCGUCAGAAAAACCAAGCAAUCAAUUUCUUGAGAAUGAGUGCUAGGAUUGAUGCUGUGGCAGCUAGAGUUCAAACUGCAGUAACAAUGGGCAAGGUGACAAAAUCCAUGGCAGGUGUAGUUAAAUCUAUGGAUGCUACAUUGAGAAGUAUGAACCUUGAAAAGAUUUCAGCCUUAAUGGACAAAUUUGAACAUCAGUUUGAAACAUUGGAUGUUCAAACACAACAAAUGGAAGAUACAAUGAGUAGUACUACAACCCUAACAACACCACAGAACCAAGUGGAUAUGCUGCUUCAGGAAAUGGCAGAUGAAGCUGGCCUUGAUCUCAAUAUGGAGCUUCCACAGGGUCAGACAGGAUCUGUUGAUGCAAGUGUUGCUUCUACAGAGCAGGAUGAGCUGUCACAGAGGCUUGCUCGUCUUCGUGAUCAAGUGUAACUUAAACAACUGGUGCUUCUGUUUCCUCAAUGUGUGUCUGAAACAUCUGUGUGUGUGUAUAUAUAUAUAUAUAAAAACUAGAAAAAUCACCAUACAUGACAGACUGAGCAUUAUUUAUAUAUGAUGUUUUCUUUUGCCUUGUGUAUUUUGCAGUGCAUUAAGAAAUUCCGGGGAAUUUCUACAUUGGCAGAUUUUAUAGUUCUGUAUAUUAUGUGUAAAGGUGUAUGGGACAUAUUUUUGCAGAUGUCUUUGACAAAGCUAGCAGUAGUUUUCUGUUUAUACAUCUUCCUCAAAUAUUAGAGCAAAUAUCUAGCAUCAAAGUACUACUAAGUAAAGUAAUUUUGUCAGAAUAAAGGCUUUUUUUUUAAUUGGAGGGAAUUUUCAGUCAUUGUGAUGAAAUGUGAUUUUGUAAAAAUAAAAACAGA